AAUCCACGCGGAUACACAGAAAGUCUAUGUCCCCCAUCCACCCCUCUCCCCACCUCCAGGCUCUAAUAACAAUUCUCCUCCGAGCUCCCACCGCCAGACACCAGGCAGACCCUGCAGACACUGACCAUAAGCACUGACAGUUUUCGCACCAAGAUAUCUCUUCCGAAGCCUUCAGGAUGACUUCUUUAUGGUUCUAUUUCACAGUCCUCAUACUGGACUCCUCUCUCACGUAUAUCUCCUCCAGCAUAGUCUAUACACAUUACCCCUAUGAUCUCCAGCCAGCUUUAUGGAUAGUAUGUCUCAUUAAAUUCUUUGUUCUAGGCAUAGUGUCCUGUAAGCUCUAUCGCCCAGCCUGGGUCUCCUCUUCUCUGCUGUACAUACUUACUAUCUGCCUGACCCCACCGCUAUAUCAGACAUUGAGACUCCAUCUAACCUCACACUCCCCCGAGUUAUAUUCCAUCCUCUCCCACUCCAUAGUCUCCCAUCUCACCCUGCUCACCGCCUGCCUACUUUGGGAUCUGGUGUCACCACACAUUCUCCCAAAAGAGUCUUCUGAAGAAGAGAAGACUGGACAGAAGAAGAACAGGGAGAAUUUUAUACGACUUGUGACGUAUUCCAAAGCAGACUGGCUGUUCCUUAGUGGAGCAUUUGUGUUCCUGUCUCUAGCUCUUAUCUGUGAGAUGUUUAUUCCAUUCUACAUGGGUCGCGUGAUUGAUAUCUUGUCCUCUAAAUACAAGGAAACAGAAUUCUUGGUGGCUAUAUUUUACAUGUCCUUUUUUUCUAUUUCAAGUUCUGUAUCUGCAGGUUGCCGCGGUGGCCUCUUCAUAUUUUCCCUAUAUCGGUUGACUCGGCGCCUACGGAUUCUUCUGUUCCGUGCUGUCAUCAAACAGGACAUAGCUUUCUUUGAAACUACAAAAACAGGUGACAUCACAUCUCGCUUGUCCAAUGACACAGCUCGUGUGAGUCGCGCCAUUGCUGGCAAUGUAAACAUCACUCUGCGUUCGAUGGUGAAAUGCAUCGGGGUCUAUUCCUUCAUGAUCUCCAUCUCCUGGCAGCUUACCCUCCUUACCUUUCUAAGCUCCCCUUUCACCUGGAUCAUACAGAAACUGUACAAUCACUACCACGAGGAUCUGGUGCAGAAGGUGCAAGAUUCUGUUGCUCGAUCCAGUGAUAUUGCCAAAGAGAUCCUGGAGUCGGUGAGAACAGUGCACAGUUUUAAUGCAGCCGGCGAUGAGGCCAAGAGAUACGAAGAUUCCCUACAAGAGAUCCAUAAAUUGCAGAGCUACAGGGAUAUGGUCAGAGCUGUCUAUCUACUGCUGAUAAGGACAACUAACCUCCUUACACAAGUGGCCAUGUUAUUUUACGGACAAAUCUUAAUCGAACAAGGUUUCAUAAGCAGUGGACAAAUGGUGUCAUUUAUCCUGUAUCAGAUGGAGUCUGGAGACCAUAUACGGACCAUAGUCUACAUGCUCAGUGAGAUGACUCAUUCAGCAGGAGCUGCUCAGAAGGUUUUCCAGUACCUCGAUCGGGAACCACUGGUGUCCACCUCUGGGUCCCACAGCCCUGACAAACUUCGUGGAUGUUUUGAGUUCAGAAAUGUCACUUUUACAUAUCCCUCCCGCCAAGAUAUUCCUGCUCUUCAGGACAUUUCCUUUACGCUUCCUCCUGGCAGCAUUACGGCUCUGGUUGGUCCCUCUGGAGGCGGUAAGACCACCUGUGUGUCCCUGCUGGAGAGAUUCUAUGAGCCCAGUACGGGGGAAAUCCUGCUGGAUGGAAAACCACUUCAUCAGUAUAAACAUCAGUAUCUGCAUGCUAAGGUGGCACUGGUGGCCCAGGAGCCGGUAUUGUUUUCCGGAUCAGUGAAAGAGAAUAUUGGUUAUGGACUAAAAGACGCUUCUAUGAAUCAACUGCAGAGAGCAGCAAGGAGAGCGAAUGCAGAGACGUUUAUCUUGGGGAUGGAGAAAGGCUACGAUACAGACGUCGGUGAGAAUGGUGGACAGCUAGGAGCCGGGCAGAAGCAGCGAUUGGCUAUAGCUCGGGCUCUUGCACGGAAUCCACAGCUGCUGAUACUGGAUGAGGCAUCGAGCUGUCUGGAUGCAGAGACAGAGCAUGAGAUCCAGAAGUCUCUGCAGGGGAUUGGCGGUCUCUCUCUGCUGAUCAUCGCUCACCGUCUGCGCACUGUACAGAAAGCAGAUCAGAUACUUGUCCUGGAGGGAGGGCGCCUGGUGGAGCACGGAACCCAUGAAGAGUUAGUAAAGACGGAGGAGGGGGCCUAUUACAAGCUGCUCCAUGGACAUUUAUUGCAGAAUGGGGAUUGAGGGAGGACGUGAGAUAUCUGUGUGAAUUCUAGAGCAAGAUUCAGUAAGGGCAUGUUUAGAGCAAGACUGUGCCUAUUAUGAGAACGUAUGGCUGGAAAUAAAGAACUGUUAUAAGAGAUAACAAAAAUGUACAUUAUUGUAAAAAAACAAAA